UUUGCGCUUUGAUCGAAGACGCCAGACGCGCUUGUCGCUAUCCAUCAUAAACCCUAAAAAAGCACCAAAUGGCCGGGCCACAACGAAGAACAGCGUUGCUUGUCAUCGACAUGCAGAACGAUUUCGUCCUCCCCGGCGGCCCAAUGCACGUCCUUGGAGCGCCAGCGAUCGUCCCAGCGGUCCAGAAAUCCGUGGAAAUCGCGCGACGCCAUGGCCAUUUCAUUGUCUGGGUCGUGAGAGAGCACGAUGCGAGCGGGAGAGACGUGGAGCUCUUCCGGCAGCACCUCUACGACGGCGAGACUGGCCCGACGUGCAAGGGAGAAUCCGGCGCGGCGCUGGUGGAUGGAUUGAUCCCACAGCCCGGCGAUCACAUGCAGCGCAAAUUUCGAUUCAGCGCCUUCUUCGCCACGAAUCUCGACCUGGUGCUCCGCCGCGCUGGAAUCUCCCAUCUGGUGAUCGUCGGUGUCCAGACCCCGAAUUGCAUCCGCGCCACUGUCUUCGAUGCCAUCGCGCUCGACUACGCCGUGACAGUCAUCGCCGACGCCACCGCCGCCGCCUCUCCCGAAGUCCACGCCGGUAAGGAAGAGUUGUUCUUCUCGAUGACCAUUCCGUACGGCCCUGGCCGCCGCCUUCCGUACGGUUUCUUUGGCCUUGAUCUUGCUGCUUGUAGGGAAUUUGUUGGACAUGCGCAACGUGAGUGCCGCCACUCCAACUCUGGAGGAAUGGGCCAAAUUGGCUGGCUGAGAUCGAUAUACACUCUCUCGUCCUCGCAAAGACCUAAUAAGCUCUUCUUUCUUCUCUCAUCUUGACUCCUCCUCGUUG